UAAGCGACCGCUGAUGGCUUUAGUAAGUUCUGUUUCUUGAACGUAUUAUUUGAUUUCUUUCCUUUUCUUUCUUUAUUUUUAAAUAUUAGGUUCCUGUACCCGACUAUCUGACCUGUCAUCUUAUUGAUAUUACUACAGCUGCGUACAUGUUAGGCUUCUUCCAGCGAGCGGUAGGUAAGGUUAAAUAUCUCGUCAACACUGAAGAUCCAGCACAGCUGAGCUGCUGUGAACUGUGUGAGUUAUGACCGCUCGGUUCAUCUCGCAAUGGAGGCAAAACUAUAACACAGAACACUCAUACACAGCUUCAUGAGGGUCACUUACCAUGGUGGUGGAGGUGGAGAGUUUCUUUGGGGUGUAUAUGCUGUACUGUACCAACCCGAAAUUCAAGGGUCGCAUCUACAUCGGCUUCACUGUAAACCCCGAACGGAGGAUCGGCCAGCACAACGCAGGACGACACAAGGGGGGAGCGAAGAGAACCAGCGGCAGAGGCCCAUGGGAGAUGGUCCUCAUCAUCCAUGGAUUUCCCUCAGAUAUUGCAGCUCUAAGGUUUGAGUGGGCAUGGCAGCACCCACACAUCUCUCGGCGGCUCUCACACGUGGCCCGGCGCACUCGUAAAGAGUCCAGCCUGCAGUUCCACUGGCGCGUGGUCUCCAACAUGCUGCGAGUGGCACCAUGGAGCCGCCUCCCUCUGACAGUGCGCUGGCUGAGGCAAGAGUAUCGACUGGACUUUGAACCUGGUCUGCAGCCACCUCUACACAUCCCUUUGACCUUCGGCUGCGUCAGGGCCAAGAAGAAACAACAGCAGCAGGAGGACAAGGAGCAGCAGGAGAGCGCGGUGGAACGGUGUCUAGUGUGUAGAGAGAUUGUGAAGGCAGCAGACAGACUGUCUUGCUUCCAUCUCUCCUGUAAGAUGGUUUGCCAUCUGAUUUGCUUAGCAAAACAUUUCCUAAAAUCUGAGCCGACCCAUCUCAUUCCUGUAGAGGGGGACUGUCCUGGCUGCCAUCGCUCAGUGCUGUGGGGUAAUUUGAUUCGCCACAGAAAUGGUUGUUAUGGCGAUCUGGAAGAAAUUUCUUCAUAUUCUUCUCAGGGUCACUGGGCAGACGAGUUGCAAAUAUGAAGAGCAUGAACUAAAUAUGAUGCCUUUAACAUGAGCUGCAAUGAAGGCACAAGGAUAUAGUCCUGUUUUCACAUUGGUUUUUACAGACUGAGAUUCAUCUGACGGAACUGUAUUUAUUAGUAUUUAAAAAGCAGAAACUGCAGUCUUCUUCCGAGGUGCUCACCUUGUAAGUUUACUGUAUAUGGACAAUGUAAUAGUUGUUGAACCUCAGGCCAACUUGAUGAAUUUAUGGUGGUCUUGAGAUGCACCCAGUGCUACUCUGUUUGGCUGAAUACAGAGAUGAUGCAAGUAGAGCAAAACCUAGAAAUCUAGUGGUGAAGUAUGUCUCAUAGAUAUCUAUAAUUUCUAUUUUACAAUGAAUUAUUUGUAAUGGUUUUUAUACUGUCACUGCCCAAAAAACAAGAUCUCAAAUGGUGACUGUACAGGUGAAGGCAAAAACUUGGUUUACUUUUAAUGUAAGUAAAUAUAACAAUUUAUUUAAGCAGUUUUGGAACAUUUCCAUUGGUCCAUUCAUCAUGAAAUUUUCACAUUUCUCUCAGAACAAGAUUUAGUAGUGGAGUUAAAUUGGAGCAAUGUCUCAAAUAUAUAGCCACUGCUCCACAUUCAACUCCACUACUGAAUCCUGUUCUGAUCUUUGUUGAGAAUAUUUCAUAAUGCAGACGUGUUGUGUACCAUAAAUCAUGUGAAAAAUAUUUAUUAAGCAAUAAAGCAGUGAAUUUAUAUUUAACACUAGAGUCUUCAGUGUUGAAAUGCGAAAUCCAUUCAGAUGCUGUUUCUUAAGUGUACAUUUCACAUGACAUCUUUGGAAUUGUUACUUAUAAUAGUGAACAAAG